CCUUCCUCUUUCAAUAACCUCAAACCACAACAUCUCUCUAAUGACCCUCUACUUCCGUGAAUCUUUUAUCAUCGUUUUCUCUCUCUAGAAAUGGUCGUUGAUCGCCGAAUACCGACGCCAUCAACGAGCAAAAUUGCCGGCGAAGCAAUGCUGGCGAUGAAAGGCAAGGAAAUCGGCAAUGACUCAGUCUUGAUUUUGGACGAUUUGUCUUCCGACUCGGAGCUCGCUAAGCUACGUGGCAGAUGGGAAUUCGCCUCGGUUCUCAACUUCCUUAAUGUUUUUGAGCCUGUGAUCGGGAAUGAUUUGAAGCUAACAGCGGAAGAGAUCGAGUUAGGACUUGUUAAACCUAAUGCCUCAAUUGCUGCGCUUCAUAUCAAACUCUUGAAGGGGAUACCACCUGUGAGUAAAUUGUUGAAUAAUUCUGAUGCAUGGGUGACUUCACUUUGCAAGAAACUUGCCAUGUGGUGGCCAUGGGUUGCUGAAGGAGAGAUUCCACUCACUGCUCACAAUGGAGAAGAGAUAACCAGAUAUAAAGAACUUGAUCCAGCAAGUCGGUUGCUGCUCCUAAAAGCACUUUGUGAAAUUCGAGCAGAUCAACCUGAUACAGUGUCAUACAUUAAUGAUGCUUUAAAAAGUAAAAAGGAAAUUUCUUGCUUUCGAAAAGAGAAGAUAGGGGGGAAUGGAAAUGUUUCAUAUUGGUAUGAUGGAAAUACAGUCUUUGGUUAUAGAUUGUACAAGGAAGUAAACAGGACUGAGCCUCAAACAAAAGCAAAGGGGAAAGCAUGUUUAAAAUUACCAACUGUCUGUUCUCACUGGGAAACACUUGCAGUGGAUCUUAAGGAAUUUCGUGGAGUUGUGGAUAAACUCUUGGCUAGUAAGACUGCAGCAGAAGUUGCCAUUGGCAAGACUAUCAAUACUAAUACCCUUCCUGUUGUGGAGAAAUUUCAUAAGAAGAAAGAAAGGGCACUGAAACAGAAGAAAAGGCAAGAGAUGCUCCUGAAUGGCUUGAGAAGUACCUGUGGUGCCGGGAUUACCCGUUCAUGUCGCAAUCGUAGGCCCAUCAGUUACACAUUUGAUGAAUAUGACCGUGCCAUUGAUGAGGCUAUAGAACUAACAAAGAGAAGGAAGACUGCUGAGGAGCAAAGGCAGGUACAGAAGCUUGCGAAGCAAACAUUUACCUCCAACGGAGGUUCUGAUGUGGAGGGCUCAGUCUCAGAAGGCAGUUCAGAUGGGAAAGGUAACUCUAUGGGUAGUGACACUGAAGAUGACAAGCUUCAAGAAGCUGGUGGUGACGGUAAUAAGGAUGAUGGUGAUUAUAGUAGCAGCAAGGAUGGUGAUGAUGACACUGGUAGCGACUCAGGCAAUUCUGCAGAUGGAAAGGAAAAUUUGGGCUACGAGAACCACGAGAAAGAUGUGUCUAUGUCUAUGGCAUCUCGCUGGAGUAAGAGCUUGUCUGGAGUUGCUAUCCAUCCUGCUGUGGGAACCGGAAACUUGGGCACAAAGAAUAGGUUGAGGCAAAGGCCAGUUAUUAACUCUGCCCUUGACAUUAUUGUGCCUGAUUCAGAGGAUGAUAUCUCGUUAGAACAUACAAACAGUGGGAUAUUAGGCCCCGAAAACCUGCAUAGGGAUGCUGAUCCAGAAGAGGUUAGUGACAGCUAAAAGUUUCAAAAUUAACCAAGAAUGUAGCUCAGCGAAUGUGCCCAAAGUGCUUGCCCUCCAAACUUUUUUUCUAACAGCCAGGAAAUUUUGAUAACUUUUGUAGAGUGGCAUGUUUUGUCCAUUUUGGUUUCUGGAUGUAAUUUAUGAGAAUCCAUGGUUCUUGAAUUUUUUCGACUCUUUAGUUUGAUCGAGGAACAGUAAUUGUAUUAAUGGAAGCCAGCAAGGCUUCCUUAUUCCAAAUAGAGAAUCACCAUUCAUAAACA